UGCAUCACAGAUCAAUUACAAAAUGCAAUGAUUGUGAGUUAAAUACUGUUUAUUCACUUAUCAUGUUAUCGACGUUAGACAGUAAAACCGAAGGAGACCGUUCAAGGGCGACCACUCUCUGGAUAGAGUGUCUCAUGUAAGGAUUGCUCAUCGAAGCGGACAGCGAUAAUACACCCACCUAGCCACAUCGAGUAGAGGUUUUAGUCUGCGACGAUGGACUUGCCUCUCCCCCUCCGCCUGUUGCGUUACACACUGCGGAUUGCCUAUGUCAUAGUUACCAACUUUAUGGCAAUCCCGGCCUACAUCACCUGGAUGAUUCUCCUGUACCCUGUAAAGUGCCUAGCACCAAACAUCUUCUGGACCAUAGAACCCAUUCUGUUUAAAGGACUGCUGGCUUUCGUAACAUUCUGGAUCAGCUCUGGCGGCUACAGAAUGAUAGAGUCAGGGGACCAGCUGGAUGGAAUACUAGACGCAAAGACCAUUCUGCUGGUGAAUCACCAGUCCACCUCGGACGUCCCCGUCGUCAUGUCGAGCUUUCAACCCAAAGGCCUUGCCACAGGACACAUGAUGUGGAUUAUGGACUAUGUUUUUAAAUUUACAAAUUUUGGUUGGAUUUCUCAUUUCCAUGGAGACUUCUUUAUACAACAGGGUAAAGUAGGUCGCGAGGAACAACUUUCACUCCUAGGAAAUCAUCUGAAGACAAUAUUUAAAAAAUCUCUUCAAAAAUGGAUCAUUUUAUACCCUGAAGGAGGAUUUUUGAGGAAAAGACGCAAGAGAAGUCAAGCCUUCGCCAAAAAGUAUGACUAUCCAGUGUUACAACAUGUGACGUUGCCAAGACUUGGGGCGAUACAGGUCGUCAUCAACACAUUGUGUGAAAACAAUCAUCCUGCUGCUGAAGAAACAGAACCUGAAGUGAACCAUCAGUCAAAAUCGACAGGGAUUAAAUGGAUUGUAGAUAUGACGAUAGGCUACCCCGGGGCCGAGCCGCUCGACCUCCAUGGAAUGUGUAUAGGUUACUGGGCACCACGCGACAUCUCUGUACAUUACCGCAUCUAUCCCAUAAAGGAGGUACCCACUCACAACACACAACUCUUCACAUGCUGGCUCUAUGACCGCUACCACGAAAAAGAUCAGUUCCUUGAGGAGUUCUACACAAAUAGUGUCAAUUUUGAAGAAACUGACAAAGAAAAUAGAAAGUUUCCACGCAUGGAGAGACGUAGUGUUGAUAUUGAUCCAAUCAGCCUGAUAUUUUUCCACUUUUUCUAUGCAACCUCCACAUACAUUUUCUGGUGUAACCUGUACUCGCCAAUACUAAGUUUAGUGUCUUGGUGCCUAGCCUUUGUGUUCUAACCACUGGUCAGGUGGUAUAGGUAGUUAGCAUAGCUUUGCAUUUAUUCAUCAUACAAGAAAAGUAUUUUACAAAAUUAUCAUUGACAUUUGUUUCUGUAUAUCAAAUACAUGUCAUAUUUUCUUGUCACUGUUUUUAAAACUACAUAUUUUUCGUUUCUUUUAUGCUCACUGCAACAAAGAUAGGGAGUGCAUACUGGAAUCAGAGUGUCUGUCUGUCCGUUUGUCUGUACACAUAAGUUUAUCAGGACAGCUUCUGCUAAAGUAAACAUAGACUUCAAUAAAACUUUGUCCAAUUCAACAGUUUGCAGUAGCUAUUACAAGCAAAAGUUAACAUGAAGAGAUGUGGGGGUGAUAUAACCUAACAUUCUAGUUUUGUUUUCAUUGCAAUUUCUUUAAACUUGAAAUUGUGUUACUCUUGUUGUUGAAAGUUGUUAUUUUUAAAGCUCUUUUGUUCUUUAUAUGAAAACGAAAUCACUGGAGCAUGUGUGCACCAGUGUAGUCAUGGGGUCAGUCAUCUUGAUAAAAAACCUCGGGAGACAGAUCACAUUUGUACUGAACACUGAGAGACAAACUGUAUCAUGUAUCUAAGGGGAGAUAAUUCACCAUACAGUUAGAUUUUCACCUUGCCAGGAGGGAAUACUAUUAGUAUCACUUUGGAAAGGCAUGAAAUCAAAAUGAGGUAUUAUUGUGUUUUACUGUAGGCUGUAAUAGUUACAGUGUGUAGUGUGUGUGUGUUUUACUUAGUCAGUAUGAGUGCAAUAAAGAAUUAUUUUGUUCCACUUGCCCAAAAGCUUUACAUUCAAAUUCAGUUUAUUAAAGUAUGUAAUAGAUUUUAGAGCCAAAGACAGAAAAUCUAGUCAUCUUAUUCAAUAGCUUAAAAUAAAUAGCUUAAAUAUUAGUUGACUGUGUGCACCUGUAGAGUGUUUGCCCUCUGAACUUUCAACAAGAAAUGCCUCUGUUGCAUGUAUUGACAAAUAUUAUAUUUACCUGCUAACUUGUGGAACUGUACAUCACUUAGUUGUGUUGUAUUCCACGUUGAUCUGGAGCAAUAUUCUUAUUGUGUUGGAUAUGCAGCUUUCAGAUUAAGUCAAGUAUCAUUGGAGGGAAUAAAUAUGUUUACAUUCUUUCCACCAAUUAUCACUUUUUCCACAGUUCACCCAAAUUUGUACGUGAAUAUCUCCUUGGAUAGUGAGGUGUCAGCACUGUUGGGUAUCAUGCUCCACUACAGUGUUGUGGCCCUUUGUUCACUGUCACAUUGUCAAGGACAUACCAUUUAUAUUUUACUUAUAUUUUGUCAAUCUCUUACACUCACCUGAUUUUGUAUUUGAGUACCCCUCGGAAUGGUGGAGUACUGUUUACUGAAAUCGGGCCUCGUGCCCCCACUAUACACAGUGUUAUAGCCAUUUAUUUUUGUUUGAUAUCAAAGUUUGUCUAAUGGUGGGGUACCAUGAAUUACAUGCAAUACUUUGCUUUAUUCCAUUUGAAGUGUUUCUUGAUCAGCUAUGUUGUGCUAAACCGAUGUUAUGUUUACAGCAGGAUGUAUAAAGUAAGCUAUACCGGUACAUGGCUUACAUUUGGUGUGAACAAAGUUACAGCCAGUAUCUCUGGCAUUGUUAGACUUUCAUCCAAACAAACAAAAAUGUCUAGCCUCUGUAGAUAUCUAUAAUUUAUUUCAACUUUGAAGCUCAUUUGACCUCAUGAUCUUGAAAGUGGGUCAAGGUUAUAUAUUUGAACAAACUUUUUGAUGGACUUUAUACCAACAUGCCAAAUAACUUAACUGUAAAUUAAGAAGAUGUCAAAAACAUGCAAAUCAAAUAUGUAAUGGUAGAGACCAUAAUAACCGUCCUCUCAGCACCUGCCAUUGAUACUCUGUGAGCGCAAGAAGUGAGAGGUAACAUAAAGAAUCAAUAUGACUUAUAAUGCAGUGUACAUGAAUUAGAUUUAACAGGUCUUGUAUUUUAGCUAUUAUAUUUUUGUUUUUAGCUCAAUUGUCGAUACUGCUUGUGGUAAUUGAAUAUCAUGUGGGUUUCCAUAACAACUCCAUAUUCCAUUGUUGCAGAUGUGUAAUAGGGACCAAACCUAGCUACAUUGACCCGUACAUGUUUUGAAGAAUGCCCUUCAUUUUUCUACAUCAGGAUCACCAAAGCAUAAAAUAAAAGAAUAUGAAAGUCUGUCACUAGCCCUAUCACCACUAUAGACCAUAAUGGACUCAUCCAGAUCAAUGCAUGGUAGAGUCUACUAAAGUUACAUAGGGGUGAAAGG